AUGUCAGCUCAGGAUCCCACUGUGUCGACGGAGAACAAUGGGGGUGCUCUUGUGGGUACUUCCAUUGCUUUUCUGAUUCUGACUUGGCUCUCUGUAUUCCUACGAACGUAUGUGCGGGCUUUCAUGUUGAAAGGAUUUCAGGCCGAUGAUUGGCUUAUGCUGGUAGCUCAGGCAAACUACACGAUCUCCUGCGGAUUCAUUUUACGCGGGGUUUACUACGGGGUGGGAAGACACAACAAGUCCCUCGACCAAUAUGACGAGAUUCAAGCACUCAAAUACCAGGCACUCGCAACAGCAACGUACAUCGCAAACAUGAUGUUCAUAAAACUCUCCAUAGGAAUCUUCCUGCUACGCUUGGCUACGCAGAAGCGAUACAGAUAUGCGAUAUACGGCAGUAUCGUGAUUGUCAGCAUCUGGAGUAUUGUCCUGUUCUUCUGGAACCUGUUCCAGUGCCACCCCUUCGAGGCCCAGUGGGACUACACGAUUCUUCAAAACGACCCUACUGCAUUCUGUGUCAGCGCCGAUCAGAUCGUAAGCGCGGCUUAUGCACUCAGUGUCAUGACUAUUCUAUCCGACUGGUUUUAUGCGCUGAUUCCGAUACCGAUUGUUUGGAGUGUCAAGAUGACCAACCAAGCCAAGGCGACCGUCAUUGUGAUAUUGAGUUUAGGCGUGUUCGCCAGCAUUGCAACGCUCAUCCGUUUGAAGUUCCUUGCAGAUCUCACCGACCUCGAGGAUCUCCUCUUUGCUACGACCGAUGCCAUGGUCUGGACUCUGAUCGAGCCAGGCGUCGCCAUCAUCGCCUCGAGCCUGGUGACCAUCAGACCGUUGCUCCGCGCUUGGAGGAUUAGAGGCUUCCAAUCCACCGAGAACAGCAAGCGUACGGGCCCGUCGUCAUACGGGCACCAUGGAACGAACCCGAGCCGCGCACGUGGUAUGCCCGGCUUCGGGUCAAAAGACGUGGCAGCAAUCGAUAUGGAGGCAGGCUAUGCGAGGAACGAGGGGGCCUCACCUUCAUCUCCGACAUUCGACGCGCACAGCAAAGGAUCGAAGUUCUCCUUGAUGUCCCGAAUCUCCGAGAGAGCGACGGACUCGCCUGAUGGCACGGCUCAUCCUGCGUCGAACGGCAUCAGCGUCCAUCGCCGCAUCGAAGUCCGCAGCGAAGUAUACGUCAUCGAGGGCACCUCCUCGCCGCGGCCCUCUACACGCUCCGCGCAUCACGACACAUGGCCACCAAAUCACUCCCCGAGUUCAUCUGAGAUUGAACUCACCAGCAUGGAGCCAGUCUAUGCCCGUUCGGAUAGCGGAGUCGGCUUGGGCUCACAUCGGUGA